CACCUCAUCGACAUCACCAACACCCGCGCCCGCCACAUCGACUCUGCAACCACCAUGUCUGCACUACCCAGGUCAAUUGCAUCGCGGGUGCUUGCGCCUGCCCUGCGGUCCUCUGCCACCAGAGUCGCCGUCCCUUCGUAUCGCGCGUAUUCGACAAACGAGCCCACUCCGCAUGCACACAAGACGAGCCCCGAGGAUGCGCCCGCAGUAAAGCUCACCAGCUCUUCCACCCAGAUUCGCGAGGAAGGUGCCGCCGAAGGAAUGAGGAACCGUCCAGAUUACAAUGCUGCUGUCGAUUACCGCGUCUCCAACUUCUCCCCCAUCCCCAAGCGUGUCAUGGAUGGAAGUGAGCCCGGUGAAAGCGUACCCGCCGCUGUUCUUUCAGGUGCCCCAACCGACCUUCAGGCACGCACUGUCCGCAUCUACAAGCCCUCGAAGACAGCUACACAGUCUGGCACCUGGAACGCAUCACACUGGCUUAUGGACUGGGAUGUCCUUCCCAAGGGUCACCGAUGGGAGAACCCGCUCAUGGGCUGGCAGUCAUCUGCCGACUUCAUGAAUGGACACAGGAUCGAGUUCAAGUCCAAGGAGGAUGCCAUCAACUUUGCCAACAAGCAGGGCUACGAGUACUUUGUCCAGGAGCCCAACAAACGGAAGUUUGUCCCCAAGGCCUAUGCCAACCUCUUUACUCACAGCCCCAAGAAGCUCAAGAUUGUAUUGACCAAAUAAGAGUUGGAUUCAGGGGUCAAGGAGCAGCAUAUGUUUAUACUCGAUCAACUAGAAUUUCGAAUAUUUUUACGUAUCAAUGUCCAGUUGUGGUUGCUGAGUUGCCUUGAUGUUUGGACACAGCGGGCCCAAAGUGAUACUGCUUGCCUUUGGAGCGCCUGCAUUCUGUGUAUGUUCUAAAUGCACACACAGGUCAUCACUGUACCUUCCUAUCAUGUGUUCUCUUACCUCAAAUAUUUACCUUGUUGGCCAUAUGAACUUUCUUACAUUCUCAUCUUCAUUCAUCCCACAUCAGUAUCAAUUCACCGUCAUCCAGUCUCGCUACACAAUACCCCUCUCACCAUUAAUACGCA